CAUAAAAAUAAUCAUAAAAUUACUGUCGUCUUCUUUACAAUUAAAGAAAUGUGGAAGCAACUAUGCUAAACAUAAAAAUAGAUGCGAGUUUGAUUGGUGGUAACUGCGCUGUGAAAUAACUAUGCUAAUUGUGAUUAAAAUCUAAUUCACUCAUGUUAGUGAGUGUCCGGCCAAAUCUGAAGAGACCUCCAAGAUGGGGCAAAUGUGGAUUAUUCUUAGUCACAAAAGACGAUAGUGGGUUUGAGUUUUGGACAUGUUACGUCCAUUCAUAUUCUACAGUUUCACGCUCAAAGCUCAUCAAGAGAUGAGGAAAAGGUGGUGAGCCUCCAAUUCCACAAUCCCCAUGCACGUACAAAUAAUCUUUCACAUUCUAUCAUAAGAAAAGAGACUAACAAAUUAUAUUAAAGAAUAUAAUAAGUAAAAGAAUAAUCACCAUCUGAUAAGAAAUGGCAACAAGUGGUAUAAUGAGGAGAUGCAUGGUGCCUUUGUGCACAAUCUAUCUAUCCCUGGCCUCACUUUCCCUCCUCGCAGAUGCCGCCAACGACUAUUGCGCCGUUGCCCUAAACAAGAAGCUCUGCGAGGAGACUGUGAAAGGGGCCGGGGAUUGGAACCAAGCUAUUACCAAGGCAAUAACAAAUGCCAUUAGCCACAUUGAAAAGGUGAACCAUGGCCAGGUUAAGUCUACCAUUCAAAAGACUAAGUCUGCCUCCACGGCAACCAGCGUUGAUCGAACGUGCACCGAGGCCUACGCUAGCGCAAAGGAUAGGUUGGAGGAGGGGAUGGAACUGGUGAAGAAAGGUGACAAAACGAGCAGCUUGAACUUCAAGCUGUCCGCGGCGUUGACCAGCCUCGAAGAUUGCACCAACGCAUUCCAAGACUUCAACCUCGAAAUCUCCAACAUCAAGGCCUUGAACAACAACGUCGAAAACGCCAUUAGGAGCACCAACUAUGGACCUGUAAAGAGAAGGAUCUGGAAGUGCUGUGCCGGAAGAGGAAGAAAGCUUUGCCUUGGUGUCGACUGGAGUGGAUAUGGGGCGGAAGGAGACCAUCCCUGCCCUCUCAAGGAUCUCAUGAGUGAACUGUGUCUGAUGGAGGAAAAGGCCCUGAGUAGUGCGAUGAACAUUAAUGCCGAGGAAGAAAUGCAGAUCACCCAUGUCUGUCAUGGCAAACUCAGCCUUGAGUUUCUGAAUGAGACUCUGAAGAAGCCCUGGCGAGGAGGCAACCUCAUCGGUGAUGGUGGAGAGGAUCCAACCCUGGAGGAGAGCGUCAAGUUGGAACCAUUCGUCGUCGUCAUCGGAGAGGGGGACGACGGAGCCAUCGAUGUAGCCCUUGAGGUUGAAUCGCCGAACCAGAAGGAGGAAGAGUCGGCUCCACUUUUUGUAAUUAGGUUGGGAGAGACUGAGUUGAACGGGGACGUGAAGUUUCACGUUUGAGAUUGUUGUGAAAGCAAGGUGAGGAGGUUUGGAGGAGGUAUUUUGGGAAGUGAUCUCGCUGUUUUCGGCCAUAGUGAGGGGAAGAAGAGAACCGCCGAGGAGGAGAGGGUGUCGCCGGUGAGGAGAGCUGCCGUGGGGAGUCGGCGCUGACGGCGAGAGAGAGAAGGCCGAACGAGAGAGAGAGGGGGGGUUAGGGUUUUUGAUUUUUAGGCUCCGAUACCAUGUAGAAAUGUUAAUUUCAUUUAUCAAAUAUGUGGGAGUACAUGUCUAUAUAUACAUAAGAGUUCCUAAUCCUAUACAAGGUAGGAGUCAAUAAUAGGAAACAAUAUAU